AUGGAAUCUUUGACUUCUUCACCAAACGUAUUAGAUAUGAAUCUAAAGAUAACUCGUAUAGAAUGCCAUCCCGAAUGCUUGGUUAUAGUGUUCCAGGGUCAAUACAAGGCAGGAUGUGAGCUUGACUAUUACAUACUACAAAACGAAAUACAGCGUGUAUUCAAAGUAAAAGAUAACAUUUAUAUUGGUGGAUCUUGUUUGGUGGAAGACACAGAAGGAAAAUGGCAUAGAGGAAGAGUUCUGGAAAAGAGAGAGAAUAUCUGUGAGACUUUUCUUAUUGACACUGGGCAAGUACUAGUGGUUGAGGAAACACAUCUUGCUUCUGCUUGUGAUGAAUUGUUUCAGCUGCCUCCAAAGGUGGUUUUGGGUGUUUUUGCAAGCAUACUUCCUCUUGGAGAAAAAUGGGGUCCAAAAGCCAUUAACUAUUUUUCAUCUCUAGUAGGAUUACAGAUUACAGGGCAUGUGAAGGCUGUUCUGCCAUACCAACUGUUUAUUCUAGAAGUACCAAAGAUCAUUAGUGAUGUUCUUGAGCUGCAGUUAGGAAAAUGUAUUGAUGGAGAUUCAUUUUGUCUUAUUGUAGAAACGUUAAGAGCGUUUCCCCAAGAAAUGCUUUGUAAGAGAGUGCCACAAUUGUUGCAACAGAAGUAUCCAGUCAAGGAUUUGCUUACUUUCAGUAAUUCAGAGAAACCAACAGAUUUUUGGCCGGUUCCAGAUGAUCUCUUUCCAUGUCUACCUGUUGGCAGUAAAGAAAAUGUAAAAGUAACUGUUGCAGUAAGCCCAAAAAAAGUUUACUGUCAGAUACAGAAAUGGCAGAAAGAGCUGAAAGAUUUGACGGGAGCUAUGCAUUUGUACUAUGAAGCUAUCAGUACAGAAGAUAAUAGAUCUUUUGAUAGUUUAGGGCUACUCUGUGCUGCCAAAAGGCAAAAUGGAGAAUGGCAUAGAGGAGUGAUAAAACAGCUUCUCUCUGACCAUGUGGAAGUCUGGUUCAUGGAUUUUGGCAAUACUGAAGCUGUGCCAUCUAAUUGCGUCCAGAAACUUAAAGUAGAGUUCAUGGCAUUACCAAUGACUUCAUUUCCAUGUGCGCUGUCUUGUUUUGGUAGUCAGGACGAAACAGUAAUAAAAAUUCAGCUGAAAGAACUUCUACAGGCCUUGAUAGGACGAACUUCUGUGUGUGUCCAUGUUGAUUCAUUCGAUGAUAUUAAACACUUAUAUUAUAUAUCGCUGCAAAAUCAGGAUAUUGGAAUUAAUGCUAAGCAUCCAGAAAACCUGAAUGAGGCAGCUGCAUCAUGUGUCUCGCUUUCGGAAACAAAAAUCACAAAUAUUGCUAUAAACUACAAACCACAUAAUGAGAGAUACAAUUCAUUUAAGAAUUGUACUGGGAAUAAACAUACAAAAAACUGCUUACCUGAAUGGGACAUUUCUUUCUCAAGCCGCUGCAAAAGAGUAGAAAUGCGAAUGAAUUCUUUCCAUACUGCUGUUGUGGUAUAUGUCAUAAAUCCAUCUGACUUCUGGAUUCAAACAUGUGAAUAUCAGAAUGAAUUUCAAGCCUUGAUGAAAAAUAUUGCGGAUACAUAUAACCAAUGUGGAGCUGAUGAAAUGGUCCUUAAAAACCCAGAACCUGGAUUGCUGUGCUGUGCCCGGUAUAGCGAAGACAUGCAUUAUUAUCGGGCUGUUGUCAUUGAAGUGCUUCGUGUAAACAUUACUGUUUAUUUUUUGGAUUUUGGAAAUACAGAUACAGUACCCUGUUAUGAUGUGAAAACAUUGCUUCCUGAGUUUUCUGAUUUACCAGCUUUAGCUAUGUGUUGUACACUUGCUUGCACAUUUCCUGUUGAUGAUGUGUGGGUUAAAAAGGAAACUGAUUUCUUCAAAGACAUUGUUUUUAACAGACUACUGCUGCUUCAUGUCGUUGGAAAGCAAAGCAACAAGUAUAUUGUUAAUGCGCAGUACAGGAAUGGUUUGCAGCAAGGAAAUGUUGCUGCACAUAUGGUUAAGGCUGGAUAUGCUGAGUACUGGGAGAAGACACCAAAUUCUGUUCUAAAUUUGGCAAAAAAAGGUCAAAACCUGAAUCCUCACAAGUUAAAAAAUACAAAAGUAAAUGCACAGAACAUCUGUAAUAUUCGUAAAAAUAAGGUAUAUGGAAAUGGAGAGGUAUUUCAGAAGGAAAAAUCAUUAAGUGUGCCUUCGGUGCUGAGAGAAUCUGUUGUGCUGUCCCGUUUUGGAAACGGUGCUGUCUCUAAAAGAUGUGAAUCGCUUAAAGAUCUUCAAGCUGUUCUGCCAGAUUUCCUAACUCUGGAGAGUCAAGCAUUUCAGUGUAGACUUAAAAAUGUACCCUUACAGGUUGACUCGCUUAAUUGGUCUGAAGAAGUGCUUAGACAUUUUGAAGACUUCAUUUCUGCUUCUAGAGGACCGCUGACUUGCAUCAUUUAUGCUCUUAUUCUUGUAAGCCCCAACUGUUUAUGCAAUAUAGUUGACUUACAGGCUCCAUUUGCUAGUGCAGAGGAAUACCUCAGAGAACGUGGUCUCACCCUAUCUGAAUAUACUGGUCUGAGAAACCUUGCAUCUUUGGGUUCUCUGUACAGUUUUUGCUACUCAUCUUUUAAUAUAAAAAUUGGAAGUGAGGAGGAGGUUUAUAUAACUCACAUAUAUAGUCCUUCAAAAUUCUAUUGUCAGCUUAAUCGAAACACUGAAACUAUAGAGGCAUUGAUGAAGAAGGUUAGUGUCAUAAGUAAAAUGUCAAAUAAUGCAAAAUAUGAUACCAGCAAUACGCGGUUAUGUAUAGCCAGAUAUUUUGAAGAUGGUCUCUUUUAUAGAGCUUUGGCUUUUCCUGUGAAAUCGACAUCCUAUCUAUGUGCUGACUUUGUGGAUUUUGGAAAUAAGAAUAUGGUGGAGAGAGACCAGUUGAUGCCUAUUCCAGACUCUGCCACUGACCUAUUAUUCACACCCAUGCAAGCAAUUAAAUGCUGCUUGUCAGAUCUUAGGGAGACAAAAAUUCCAGCAAGAGUUACUAGAUGGUUUGAGGAAACAUUCCUUGGUAAACUGCUGAAGGCUGUAAUUGUGUCCAGAGAAUCACAUGGACAGAUUGUUGUGGAGUUGUAUGAUGGACAGCUCAAAGUCAGUCAGAAGAUUAAAGAGAAAAUAUUAGCAGGGUAUAUUUCUCAUAUGAACAGUCCAUCAAGUUUCUAUGUUCAACUUGCAGAGGAUGAAAACUUAAUAAUACAACUAGCAAAAGAAUUAAAUGAAAGCACAGUGAAUAUAGGUCAUGAAAAUUGCUUAGAUGAGUUCAUGGAUCUGAAUUCUGGACAGGUAGAAGGAGCAGAAGUAAUUAAUAUUUCAGAGGGUGGAGAAUUUCAUGUACAGUUUCUAAGUAACUUGCAAAUAUUACAUGAGUUAAAUGUAAUGCUUGUCAAAGAAGCACAAAAAAGUGAUUUGCUUAGAGUGGAUUACAUUGAAGAAGGAUUGGAAUGCAUGGCAAAAUCUGAGAUGAACUUGAAGUGAUAUUGAUCAAAAGUGAUAAAGAAAUUUGUCAGGGAGAGGUUAAUGCUAGUUUUUUUUAUGGAUUAUGGCAAGUGUGAGAUGGUGUCCUUAAAUAAUGCAAAGAUGCUCAGUGAUGAGAUUAAAAGCAUUCCUAAACAAGCAGUGUUUUGUAAGUGGGUUUGGCUUAAAAAACUGAAGAAAAUUCAGUUUGUCCAUGCAGUAAAUGCACUCCUGGAUUGUGAAAUAAGGAUCUUAUUUUUGAGAUAUUUGGAAUCUGCUCGUGUCUGGGAAGUAGAUAUUUUAAUAGGGGAAAUUCUGCUUCAGGAGUAUUUGAACCAGCUCUUAAGUCAUUUAAUACAGACUGUAAGGAGUUUGAUACAUCACUCAAUAAAUUCAGUCACAUGGAUGCUGCUGCAGAGUGGCAGAAGGUGUCCUGGGUUUGCAUCUACAGUUACUGAUCCUUCCAACUUCUGCAUCCAGUUUGAAAUAUUAUUUAAUUGCAUGCAAAACUUGUCUGUGCUGCUCUCUGACCUUCCUGACAACUUGCCAGCUUUGCCAAAAGAACUUGUGGCUCCUGGUACCAGCUGCUUGGUCAAGUUUGGACUGGAAGUACAGUGGAACAGGGCAGAAAUUAGUGAAGUAACAAGUCAGUCUGUUGUUCUUACAUCUAUUGAUUAUGGCUUUCUGAAGAGCAUCUCUUGCUCUGAUAUCCAUAAACUUAAAGUUAUUCCAGAAAGUCUGUCUUAUUUACCGUGCUUGGCACACUCUUGCUCUUUACAUAAUACAGUUACUGCCAAGGGCAAAUACUGGAGCGAUGAAGCUAAACUUCUGUUUCGGAAGCUUCUUAGUAAACCAGGUCUGAUAGUUCAUUUUAAACACUACAGCUCUGAAACGAAAUUGGAAGUGGAUGUUCUGUACCAGGAGAACAAUCUAGCCCAUGCCUUAAUUGCUGCUGGCCAUGCGGUCUACUCUACAAGUAGAAGCUGCCUCAUUCCAGUUGACAGAAUUAAAUCGGAAGAAACAGAUUUGCAGCCUGAGUGUCCAAAUUCUAGUUACUGUGCUUCCCUUUGUGAACCAGAUUAUAAUUAUGAUGAAAACUCUUAUUUUGCUGACAGAAAUAAAGCAAAAGAAAUAAAACAAAAAAAGGAUCUGAAGCGUAAGACCAUCUGUGAUAGUUUCAAAUGA